AUGAGUUUUCGCGUAAAGGACAGAGAGAACGGUGUAGAAGGGGACAAAUGCCAUAUUAAAGUUUCUUUCGAAGAUUCAGUUGUUGACCAGAUCAUAAGGACACCGUUCCUCAAACGAUCCAGCACAAGCAACGAUAACCCAACACAAACCCACGAUUUUAGCUCUCUUUCGAGGCUGCGCGAGCCUGUUUUCACCAUCACGAAUACGCCCAACAAGGCGGUAAAACGGGCACUGAAGCUCAACCCUCAGCCUGAGCUUGAACAUGAAUCUGGAGGCGAGACUACAUCUCGCCUGCAACAACAGUCCUCCCAGCUGAGCUCGUGCGAUGGGGCUGUUGAGGUCUGGUUGCUAGUGGCAGACCCGACUUUGUCAAAAUUAUACCAAACCCUCCGUGCCCGCUGCCAUGAUCGACAAGAAGUUCGCCUGUCAUCUAACAAUUACAAGACACAGCUUGCUCCGGCUUACGGCACACCGCCAUCGCAACCAGCCUGGGCGGCGGGCGGGACACAAAACCGUGCCCGCCGUCUUCAUCAACAAAAAGCUCGUCUUCCUCUCUCCCACAUCCUCCAACACGUGCAUCGUGCCGCGGAAGCGCGUACCGCCAGGCUCAUCAAAAACAACACAGCUUGCUCCGGCUCACGGCAAUAUCGCCAAUGGAAGCAAAAGUCCUUGGCGGGGCCCAAAAUUACAUUUGCAGCUGCGGCUAAAGCUGUAAGGACGAUAACGUCCUGGUGA